AUGACCGGUAAGACACAGACGAGCAACGUGACCAAUAAGAAUGACCCUCGUUCCAUCAACUCCAGAGUGUUCAUCGGAAACCUCAACACCACCGUUGUGAAGAAGAGCGACAUAGAGGGUAUCUUCGCCAAAUACGGCAAGAUCAUGGGAUGCUCCGUGCACAAGGGCUUUGCCUUUGUUCAGUACGCCUGUGAGAGAAAUGCACGCUCUGCCGUAGCAGGGGAGAACGCCCGAGUCAUCGCAGGCCAGCCCCUUGAUAUUAACAUGGCUGGGGAGCCAAGACCCUACAGGUCAAAAUUAGGGUUUAAACGACCCCUCUCCUGCAUGUACAGUGGCUAUGAUUUGGACUAUGACUACUACAGGGGUGAUUUCUGCAGCAGAUUAUUUGACUAUCACGGACGAGUGGCACCUCCUCCGCGGGCGGUGAUACCCAUCAAGCACUCCCGUCUAGUCGUCCCCUUUACACGCAGGGCAAAAAUUUCCAUUGCAGGCAAGAUAACUCCUUCCCUCUCCUCUCCUGCCUCUUUAAAACAACCAGCCACAAGCUCCUCAAACUCUGGACCCAAACUGAAAACAGAUCAGCUCCUAUUGGUCAAGCAGGAGCUGACACAGAUCAAGAGGAAGAUUGAUUCUUUACUGGGUCGACUGGAGCUGAUAGGGAGGCAGCAUACUGAAGAGACAGUAACGAGGAAGCACAAAGCUCAUGACACACUUGUGAGAAGAAGUGUUUGCGGGAUGGCCGAAAAUGAAGGAGAGGAGAUCGAUCAGGAGCAGUCAGAAGGAGAGACCAGCGAGAUGACAGAUGGAGGCGAAGAUGACUCUGGUGAUGAAGGUGGUAAUGAUCUGAUAGAAAACCGGAUAUCCGAUGUUGACAACUGA